UCUGAGGGAGAAAAAUAGCAAGUGAGCGGUUAGGAGGAUCGGGCAAAUAGAUAAAGAAAUUUUUACUCGUAUAUAUGUGUAUGUGCUAAACUUUAUUAGCUGCUUGUUUAUUUUUAAUUACCGGGAUAUCGGUAUAUCAAUAAUAAUAAUAAAAUCAACAUGAUCCGCUUCAUCCUGAUCCAGAACCGUGCAGGUAAAACCAGACUGGCUAAAUGGUACAUGCAGUUUGAUGAUGAUGAAAAACAGAAGCUGAUUGAGGAGGUGCACGCUGUAGUGACAGUCCGUGAUGCUAAACACACUAACUUCGUAGAGUUCAGAAACUUUAAGAUUAUCUACAGGCGGUAUGCUGGUUUGUACUUCUGUAUUUGUGUGGAUGUCACUGACAACAAUUUGGCCUACCUGGAGGGCAUUCAUAACUUUGUGGAGGUUUUGAAUGAGUAUUUCCACAAUGUGUGUGAAUUAGAUCUGGUCUUUAAUUUUUACAAGGUGUACACGGUGGUGGAUGAGAUGUUCCUGGCAGGAGAGAUUCGGGAGACGAGUCAGACGAAGGUGCUAAAGCAGCUGCUCAUGCUACAGUCACUAGAAUAGAGACCUCACUGAAUUCCAGUCAUUCCUCUAAUACAUGCAGGUCAUUCCCAAACCUGCUCAAAGCCAGUUGAUAUUGUUUGUGUAUAGAUGUCAGUGGAAUAAAUAACCCAUUAUUUCAGCCUUCCUGUAAUACUACACUGUGUAAGAUUAGUUUUUUUUUUUUUAUGUUUAAAAUGUUUAAACAAUAUCUGAAAGGAUGGUUGUACAAAGGUCUGAGUGCUAAGUUUUAAGUUUUGGUACACGUAUAUGCACACACUGCCCUUAAGAAGUGAAUAUGUGUAACUUCAUCAUGCCUGCUUUCCAAAAGCUGUACAAUAUUCAGAACAUUUUUCACAAAUGCAAUACUUUAUGGAUAGAUUAAAUUACUUUACUGUCCCCAGAGGGAAAUUCAUGAAAGUAAAUGAACAGGAUAUUACUCACCACAAAUGUAGUCACUCAGCAAUGACUUGUUUGGUGUCUGGACUCUUCAGGUGAACUAGACAUCUAUUACUUGUUAGCAACCGCAUUGCGAAAGCGAAGAAGCAAGCAAACAACAAAUGUGUGCUAAGAGAUGGUCGGUGUACAUUUGAUUUUUUUGUUGGUGUUGCUAAACUAUUCAUUUAAACUCGAAUUUAUCAUUACUGUCAAUAAAUUAAAUUGAAUGCAAACAUUGAAAUCUGUAGCUUUUCAUAUGUAGUCAUGCAGACAGUUUACCACAUGAGUCUGGCAAUUUUGUUCCUUUGCUCUUCGUUGCAGACUAACAUUGUGUCACGGAAUUUUGUUUCGUUUGUUCUUUGCCAAGUUUCAGGUCCAAAAGUGACACAACUGGAAAGCCUUCAUACUAUCGACCGUAGAUUGCAAAAUCUCUAGCUAUCUUUAGCUGGAAAUCCAGAAAAAGCAUAACAGGCUCUUCUAUCUAAAGAUCAAUCUAGAUAUCUGUAAUAAGUUCACGCAUGUGGAAUUAGCAUGUACUAGUUGUAAAUAUCACUUACAACCCAAUUUUAAUUGGAAAUGUACAAUAAAAUGAUUAUAUUACGAUUCAGUUUAAGUGGGCAGCAAUAAUGAAAGAUUGGCCGUUGGCUCGAGAAAUCAGAUUGACACAGUUCAUGAACAUCUGACCUGGAUUUUGCACUUGGAAGAUUUAAUUGGGCAGAAUUUUAUGGUUUGUUCCAUAACACGGGAAUGCUGCAUUAGCUCUCAUCCUCACAGAUUGGUAGCUGUUGUGUGAUACUCUGUAUGAACUGCCAGUUAUUUAUUUGGAAAAAAAACUAAUACAAAUAAUAGAAAUGUGGUACAUAUCCAACCAAUUAAGAAAAAAACACCUUGGCACCUGAAACAUACACUACUCGUUCAACUAUCUCCAUUUCUCAGAAUUGUAUUGCUUACUUUGAAUUCCGUUACUACAACAUAGUGGGCCAUAUUUUAAAUCCACAGAAUAAAUUCCCAUCUAUUUCUGGUCAUUAUACUCAAUCAACUAAACAUUUAGAAGCAGAAAACUGUCAGUAGUCUCCAGUUAUUGCCUUCUGUGGAGUUUAAAGACACUAUAUGUAUUUACUGUGUGAAACCAACUGCUGCAUUCCAUUAGGCAAAUUCCACUUUCUAGACUUGCUUUGUUACCAGUACCAACAUGCACGCAGAGUCAAACCCAGACCGUUCCAUACCGACGUUAGCCCACUGGCUAUAUGAACAUCUGAACUGGCUUGCAGAAGAGAAGCUAUUAGCAGUAAUUGUGUCAUGUUGGAUGCAUAAAGAAAGACACACAGUUAUGGGAAGCUUGUUUAGCCAGCAAGGCUGAACAGAUCCAACAGCACUCGAAGCAAAAUCCACAACAAAAGACUGUUGCUACUGUGCCUACUUUUAUCUCCAAAUUCUGCCGCUCUGCUUUGCCCCCUCCUUGCCUUCUUUUAGCGCUUCCAUAGCAACUACUCUGCUCAGCCUUGAGUCUCUUUAGACUGGCUUUCUGAUUCUGAUUAAGCUAGGACCUGGACCAUUGUCUGCACACAUACAGUAAUUGUGCAUACAUUACCUAACUAUGGACUUUGCUUAAUCUGGAUUUUUAAAUUGGGUCUUUUCCAUGAGUCAUGAAGUUUUGCAACUGGUCUUAAUUUUCUUUUAUUAUUAACAUUUAGUUUUCUUUGUUUUUGACUGAAAUAUCCACUUAUUUUUGUUAGCCUACAUAUUAAAGGCAACUGUUUUCACUGUCUGUUAUUGAUAUGUCCCAAGAAUAAAUAUAUACAGAAAUAAAAAGUCAAA